ACCACUUCCGGUCCUCCCCCCCCCAGCCCCAGUAAAGAUGGCGGACGAGGCGACCCGGCGCGCGGUGGCGGAGCUGCCGCUGCUGAGGACGAACGCCGGGCCCCGAGACCGGGAGCUGUGGGUGCAGCGGCUGAAGGAGGAAUACCAGGCGCUCAUCAAGUAUGUGGAAAACAACAAGAACGCUGACAACGACUGGUUCAGGUUGGAGUCUAACAAGGAAGGGACGAGGUGGUUCGGGAAGUGCUGGUACAUCCAUGACCUGCUCAAGUACGAGUUUGCCCUCGAGUUCGACAUUCCUGUCACAUACCCAUCCACCGCCCCUGAAAUCGCCAUUCCAGAGCUGGAUGGGAAAACCGCCAAGAUGUACAGGCUAUGGGAGGAGUCUCAGCUGUUGGUAAAUGCAGCUGCCUCUGGGGUGGAACAUGGCAGCUGUUGCUCAAAGCACAGGAAAGCAGCCCCUUGAUGCAGGACAGGAAGUGGAGGAGAUGCCAUGUCUGAGUGGAACCCCGGGCGUCCUGGUGAGGCAGAGGAAGCUUCCCUGUGUUGGGAUGGGGCCAGGCUUAUGGGAGCUGCAGCUCCGUUCUGGGGUUGAGUGGGCUUGACACCCCUAUGGCAGUGUCUCCUGUGGUCCCACGAUGCCAGGCUCUGGGCUCUGUCUCCCCUCGGCAUCUCCCGUGGUCCCACGGGGCCAGGCUCUGUCGCCCCUGCGCAUCUCCCGUGGUCCCACGGGGCCAGGCUCUGUCUCCCCUCCGCGUCUCCCGUGGUCCCACGGGGCCAGGCUCUGUCUCCCCUCCGCGUCUCCCGUGGUCCCACGGGGCCAGGCUCUGUCUCCCCUCCACGUAUCCCGUGGUCCCACGGGGCCAGGCUCUGUCUCCCCUCCGCGUCUCCCGUGGUCCCACGGGGCCAGGCUCUGUCUCCCCUCCGCGUCUCCUGUGGUCCCACGAGGCCAGGCUCUGACUCCCUUCAGUGCCUCCCGUGGCCGGGGCUUCUCCCUCACAUCUCUUUUGUCUC